CAGUAUUCGCAAGUUCGCAACUCACAAAUAUUCAAAUUUGAAGUAUAAUAGUAUUAUACAAUAUUAUACAUUAAUGCGUAGAAAUGUAGAAUGAUCUAUUAUAUAUAUAGUAGUUAGCGAUAUAUUAUAAUAAGACACGAAGACACAAUAAUUGUUGGUAUAAUGUCCAGAAAUUGUUUUGUUCCUCAUUGUCAUGAGGGUAACAAAUCCCAAAUUAAAAAAAACAAAUUACUCGGAAUAAAACGUAAAACAAUGUUUAAAGCGCCAAAGGACGCACUUCUUCUGGAGAUAUGGGCUAAAGCAAUCCAAAGGACUGAUAAAAAAUUGCGUCCUGGGAUUGACAGUGUAUGUGAAAAACAUUUUGAUGAAACUUGUGUACAUAGAUAUUUUGAAACUAAGAUGGCUGAUGGUUCAAUUCAUCUGAUAGAAAGAGGUAGAUUAUCAUUAAAAAAAAAUGCGGUUCCAUCAAGAUUUCCAGAUUUGCCACAGAGCUUAACUAUGAUCGAACCAAUUAAUAAAACUAAACUUAACAAUAUUUCAAGUACAAUUGAUAAUGUAUCUGAAACUUAUAAUAAUUUAAAAGAUACAUUAAUUAACAUGAAAUUACCAGCUGAAUGGUUUUUUUGUUGUGCACAUAAUUCAUUGGUAUUAGGUUAUUUAGAUUCUAAUCAUGAACUAGUAAAAAAAAUUAUUAUUUCAAGUAAUGACCUAAAUGUAAAGGUAUCUAUUAAAAAUAAGCAAAUAAUCAUACCACAGAAACCAGUUACAUGUGUUGAUGAUAUUCAGAAAAUUCUAAAAACUGUUGAUGAUGUUAAAAUGUGCACUGAAAGUUAAAAUGAUAAUUGUACAAAAUCUGAACAACGUUGUGUUGAGAGUUCAAAAGAAAAGAAAUUUAAUAUGGAUGUUCAAGGAUUACUAAAAAAAAUGGAUAACAGAUAACCAACUACCAAACAUUUUAUAAAGAAUCAGAGGCAAUCUCAGGAUAUUUCAAUGAAGGAGGAUGAAAAAAAUAGUUACAUAAUAAGCCGUGAGGGUUACCAAAAGUAGACAAUACGUGUAUUACUAAUAUGUAAAAAAAUAAAGAACCUUGGGGGGGAUCUAUCCCCCAUAUCUCCCUCGUGAGAACGCCCAUGUAAAGAAUAUUUAUUGUAAUAAACAACUUAAUUUAAAGUCUGUUUAGUUAUAAAAUCAGUUUGGGAAAGCAGAGGAAUGGGAUUAAAUAUGGGAAUAUUCUACAGGCAAAAUUUACUUGGUAAAGUCAAAUUAAUUAGAACAAUUAAACAUGAUAUUAAUUAAUCAAAAUUUUUAUUUUUAUUCCUUGUACAUGAAUGGAUACUUAAAAUAAUCAAAUGUAUAAUAUCUAAUAAGUUUAAUUUUGUAUACAUUUUUUUUUUUUGUUGUAUUUUUAAACAAAAUUUUGAAACAAACAAAAAUGAACUAGUUAUUUACUUACAAAUAAGUUUACAGUACUCUAAAAUAAUUAGUUAAGUAAAAAAAAUAAAUACAAUUACAUAACUUUUGAAUUUAUUGAUACCCAUCUUUUGGAUAGCAGUUAAUUAUAUACUGUCAAUUGGUUGGACUUCUUUGCUCUUCACUCAUGCUUAUCAACCUCAACUCAGAAUUUAAAAUUCUCUGUGGUAAAAAAUCUUAUUUACUAUGAUUUGUAUAAAUAAUAAGAAUAAAUCUUUAAUGCAUGUUAUUAAUUAUUGAUUUAUAUAUGUAAUACAUGUUAUCGCUGAUAUAAUUACAUUAUUAUUUAUUAUAAUUUUAUAAUAUUGAUUCA